AAAAUAUAUACAUUAUUACCGCCUUCAAGUUCUACAAGAACCCAUUCCCUCCUUCACCGCCCCAAAUUCUUCGCAACUCUCUCUCCUCUCUCUCUCCUCUCUCUCUCUCUCUAUAUUUCUCUCGCAUUUUUUUCAGUGUCUCCAAUCAGUAUCUUCAAACUGGCGUUCGAGAAUCAAGACACAGUUCGUGAAAUCAAACCCAAGAAUAGGAGAAUCAUGGGUGCUGGAGGACCUGAUGAUGAAGAAAAUAGAUGGCCUCCAUGGUUGAAACCUCUGCUGAAAGAACGUUUCUUUGUUCAAUGUAAGAUGCACGCUGAUUCACAUAAGAGUGAGUGUAACAUGUACUGUUUGGAUUGUAUGAAUGGUGCUCUUUGUUCUCUGUGUCUCAAUUAUCAUAAAGAUCAUCGCGCUAUUCAGAUAAGGAGGUCUUCAUACCAUGAUGUGAUUAGGGUGAAUGAGAUUCAGAAGGUGUUGGAUAUUUCCGGGGUUCAAACAUAUAUUAUCAACAGUGCUAGGGUUGUGUUCUUGAAUGAGAGACCUCAGCCGAGGCCCGGCAAAGGCGUCACCAACACUUGCGAAGUCUGCGAGCGCAGUCUCCUCGACUCGUUUCGAUUCUGUUCUCUUGGUUGCAAGAUUGUUGGAACAUCGACGAAUUUCCAGAAGAAGAGCAAGUUAGCUUCCAUGAUAUCAGACUCAGAGGAUUCAUACAGCAGCAGUUGCAGCCAUGGAAAGCUGAAGAACAACAUCAAGGUGCAAAGCUUCACUCCUUCAACACCACCACCAACUUCAGUUAAUUACAGAACAGCCAAAAGAAGAAAGGGAAUUCCGCAUCGUGCCCCAAUGGGAGGACUAGUCUUGCAAUACUAGUGAACAAAUUUUAGGUUAUUGCUAUAAUGCCCUUAAUGAACCCAGCUAACUCCUUUAACGUCAGAGAUUUCCCGCAUUUACAUUGUCAGAAGAUGUGAAUGUGAGAACUUUCGACCGAAGGAAUCUGGGUUCUUUAAUAUAUAGAUACAAAGGAAAUCUGAAGUGUUUGUCUAAAUGCUGCUCAUCAGUUCCAGUGCUAGAGCUUUUUGGUGAAAAGGGCCAGUGCUUGAAGUGUUGUUGGUGUUAAUAGUUAAUAGUGUUUGUUUUUGUGUAUAUAGGAAAAAUCCAAUAGGGGUGGAAAAAUGUUGUAUAAGCAGAAAAAUAAAACAUCUGUAAAAUACUAGUUUGAUAAAAAGGAACGGUGUAGGAAAAUAAGCUAAAAGUUCCUUUGGACCAAAGCUAAAGAUGGUAAUGACAACAGUAUAGGUUGGUUUUCUAGAGUAAUUAGGUGGGGUGUAAAUAGUGAAAAUGGUGACAAUGACAGUGUACUCUUUACAAAUAUAGGUGGACUCUAUAUGUAAAAUUGUGAAAUACAUAAUAAUGAUAAAUUUUAUAAUAUUUUGUGUA